CACUUCCGAGAUGCUCAUCUUGAUGAGUGGGUGGAGGCGUGCGAUAAGGCGCAAGUCAAAAUCACAGCGAAGUGUGCUACGGCACAAGUUGAAGCCUGGAGGCAACGUCAACGUGGACAACCAGAUGUUGCACAAGCAGAUAACAGCCGGCCACAGUUCACCAAGGAGCUAUUUGUGGAUUACAUUACUGAGUGGAUUCCUUUACGCGUCAUUGAAAAUCCACAGCUUCGCAAUAUCUUUCUUUUGCUUCGUUCUGAGCUGCAUGAGAAAGAUAUUCCUGGGCGGACCACUAUCCGAACACGACUUAGCCAGGAUAUGAAGAAUGCAGUUGGCAGCAUAUCCUUCACAAUGGAUAUGUGGACUGACCCAUUCUUAUCGCCGUACAUGGCAGUUACUGCACAU